GGAACUUCAACGCCAUCGCCAAUCGCUGCAACGCGUGGAGCGCCAAUCACAGCUCGACGCGCAUCUGUUGUUCUUCCUUUUCGGAGCAUUCAGCGACCGAUCUGGAGACUGCGCUAAGACGCGACUUCCCUACGUUGACUGCGGCGCGCUGCGUCUGCGAAGCCUAGAGACUCGGCCUCUGAGCUACACCAAGACACAUCACGACAAGGAUACGCCCACCCAACAUGGCGUUACCACCGCCUCCUCCACCACCGCCACCCCCGGGCCCGCCUGGUGCUGGAUAUGGAGCUCCGCCCCCGCCUCCUCCGCCACCUGGGCCUCCCGGUGCGCCAGGGACUUCAGGUCCUCCCGGCAUGCGACAGAUGGUUGACCCGCAGGUUGCAAAGUUUGCGCAGAAGAAGAAGGAUUGGUUGCGACAACAGCGACAGAGGUUCGGCGAGAAGCGCAAGGCUGGAUUCGUUGAGACUCAGAAAGCAGAUCUGCCCCCAGAGCAUCUGCGCAAAGUGUUCCGGGAUAUCGGCGACGUGUCGCAGAAGAAGUUUACUACAGACAAGCGAAGUUAUCUCGGCGCGCUGAAGUUCAUGCCUCACGCGGUGUUAAAGCUUCUGGAGAACAUGCCCAUGCCUUGGGAAAGCAGACGCGACGUGAAAGUUCUGUACCACACCAAUGGAUGCUUGACACUCGUCAAUGAAGUACCGCGUGUCAUUGAGCCAGUCUUCCACGCACAGUGGGCAGCUAUGUGGGUCGCGAUGAGGAAGGAGAAGAGCGACCGCCGCCACUUCAAGCGCAUGCGAUUUCCUCCAUUCGACGACGAGGAGCCGCCACUUUCGUACUCCGAGAACAUCGAGGAUGUUGAGCCAUUGGAACCUAUUCAAUUGGAGCUCGACGAGGAUGAAGAUGAUCCAGUCAUUGAGUGGUUCUACGAGCAUAGGGCGCUUCUCGACACCCCACAUGUGAACGGACCAAGUUACGAGACCUGGAAUCUCGACCUUCCACAAAUGGCCACAUUAUAUCGCCUGAGUCGACAGUUGCUCAGCGAUAUCGUGGAUAAGAACUAUUUUCACAUGUUCGACAUGAACAGCUUUCUGACAGCAAAGGCUUUGAAUGUUGCAAUACCUGGAGGGCCUCGCUUUGAACCAUUGUACAAGGACAUCGACCCGAACGACGAAGACUUUGGCGAGUUCAAUGCCAUUGACCGCAUUAUCUUCCGUGCGCCCAUUCGCACGGAGUACCGUGUCUCCUACCCCUUCCUGUACAACUCACUUCCUCGUAGUGUCAAGCUGGCUUGGUACUCGUAUCCUCAGGUGGUCUACGUCCAUGCGGAAGAUCCUAGUCUGCCUGCAUUCUAUUUCGACCCUAUCAUUAAUCCUAUCUCAUCGCGAGCUGUUGCCCCCAAGAACAUCUCCGUAAGCCACGAGGACCUGGUUUUUGGUGACAGCAUCGAGGAUGAUGAAGACGACUUCCAGAUGCCAGAGGAGAUGGAGCCUUUCAUGGCAGAUGAGGAGUUGUCAACUCCCGAGACUGCGUCUGCGAUUGCCUUGUGGUGGGCGCCACAUCCCUUCGAUAAGCGAUCGGGACGCAUGGUGCGUGCACAAGAUGUACCUCUGGUGAAACAGUGGUAUCUCGAGCAUGUCCCUGGCGGUCAGCCAGUCAAGGUCCGAGUGUCGUACCAGAAGUUGUUGAAGUCUUUUGUCUUGAAUGAGUUGCACAAGAAAGACCCACAAGCGCAGAGCAAGCAGAACUUGAUGCGAACGCUAAAGGGCACAAAGUUCUUCCAGCAGACCAAAAUUGACUGGGUCGAGGCCGGUCUGCAGGUGUGUCGACAAGGUUACAACAUGUUGAACCUGCUCAUCCACCGUAAGAACUUGACAUACCUGCAUCUUGACUACAACUUCAACUUGAAACCCGUCAAGACACUCACCACCAAGGAGCGCAAGAAGUCACGUUUUGGAAACGCCUUCCACCUGAUGCGUGAAAUCCUGCGUCUGACCAAGCUAAUCGUUGACGCACAAGUCCAGUACCGUUUAGGCAAUAUCGACGCCUUCCAGCUUGCAGAUGGUAUCCUGUACGCCUUCAAUCACGUCGGCCAACUUACUGGAAUGUACCGAUACAAGUACAAGCUCAUGCAUCAAAUCCGCUCCUGCAAGGAUCUGAAGCAUCUCAUUUACUACCGUUUCAAUUCCGGCCCCGUCGGUAAGGGUCCUGGAUGCGGUUUCUGGGCUCCCGCCUGGAGAGUCUGGCUGUUCUUCAUGCGUGGUAUCAUUCCUCUCUUAGAGCGCUGGCUUGGAAACUUGCUCUCGCGUCAAUUUGAGGGCAGACAUAGCAAGGGUGUCGCAAAGACAGUAACAAAGCAGCGUGUAGAGUCUCAUUUCGAUCUGGAGCUCCGUGCUGCUGUCAUGAGUGAUCUUAUGGACAUGAUGCCCGAAGGCAUCAAGCAGAACAAGGUCAACACUGUCCUGCAGCAUUUGUCGGAGGCUUGGCGAUGCUGGAAAAGUAAUAUCCCGUGGAAAGUGCCAGGACUCCCUGCGCCUAUCGAGAACAUCAUUCUGCGGUACGUCAAGAGCAAGGCUGAUUGGUGGAUCUCGGUUGCGCACUACAACCGAGAGCGCAUACGACGAGGUGCUACCGUGGACAAGACGGUAGCGAAGAAGAAUUUGGGCCGUUUGACGCGAUUGUGGUUGAAGGCGGAGCAGGAGCGUCAACACAACUACAUGAAGGAUGGUCCUUACGUGUCUUCCGAAGAGGCUGUUGCUAUCUACACCACGAUGGUGCACUGGCUGGAGGCGCGGAAGUUCCAGCCCAUCCCAUUCCCCAGUGUCUCGUACAAGCACGACACUAAGAUUCUGAUCUUAGCUCUGGAGCGCCUGCGCGAAGCUUACUCUGUCAAAGGCCGUCUCAACCAAAGCCAGCGUGAGGAGCUGGCCCUCAUCGAGCAAGCAUACGAUUCUCCAGGAACAACGCUCGCCCGUAUCAAGCGCUUCCUGUUGACACAACGUGCUUUCAAGGAGGUUGGUAUUGACAUGAAUGAUAACUACAGCACUAUCAACCCUGUAUAUGACAUUGAGCCAAUGGAGAAAAUCACAGAUGCAUACCUCGACCAGUAUCUGUGGUAUCAGGCUGACCAGCGGCACUUGUUCCCUGCUUGGAUCAAGCCUUCCGAUUCCGAAGUGCCUCCUCUCCUGACAUACAAGUGGGCCCAGGGUGUCAACAAUCUCGACCAGGUUUGGGAGCACGAAGAUGGACAGUGCAACGUCCUGAUCGAGACACAAUUGUCAAAGGUCUACGAAAAGAUCGACCUGACGAUGUUGAACAGGCUGCUACGUCUCAUUAUGGACCAUAAUUUGGCUGACUACAUCACCGCCAAAAACAACGUUCAACUCAACUACAAGGACAUGAACCAUGUCAACGCAUACGGCAUGAUUCGUGGUCUGCAGUUCUCUGGCUUCGUAUUCCAGUUCUACGGACUCGUCCUGGACAUCCUUCUCCUCGGUCUGCAGCGUGCAAACGAGAUUGCUGGUGCUCCGGAGAGCCCUAACGACUUUUUGCAGUUCAAGGAUAAGGAGACUGAGGUCCGUCACCCCAUUCGAUUGUACACGAGGUACAUCGACCGCAUCUGGGUCUUCUUCAGAUUUACCGCCGACGAGUCGCGUGACCUCAUCCAGCGGUUCUUGACCGAGAACCCCGAUCCCAAUUUCGAGAACGUGAUCGGCUAUAAGAAUAAGAAAUGCUGGCCCCGCGACUCCAGGAUGCGUUUGAUGCGCCACGACGUCAAUCUCGGUCGCGCUGUUUUCUGGGAUAUGAAGAACAGACUUCCACGUUCGGUAACCACCAUCGAAUGGGACGAUACCUUCGCCAGCGUCUACAGCCGCGACAAUCCCAACCUACUCUUCUCGAUGAACGGCUUCGAGGUGCGAGUACUUCCCAAGAUUCGUAACCAGAGCGGCGAGUUUCCGGAGAAGGACAGUGUGUGGUCGUUGAUUGACAACGCAACAAAGGAGCGAACUGCUGUCGCAUUCUUGCAGGUGACAGAGGAAGACAUUGCGAAGUUUAACAAUCGCAUUCGUCAGAUCCUUAUGUCAUCUGGUUCAACCACCUUCACGAAGAUUGCGAACAAGUGGAACACUACAUUGAUCGCACUCUUCACAUACUACCGUGAGGCUGCCGUAUCAACAGUCAGCCUGCUGGACACCAUUGUAAAGUGCGAGACAAAGAUCCAGACUCGUGUCAAGAUUGGUCUCAACUCAAAGAUGCCUUCGCGUUUCCCUCCUGCUGUCUUCUACACACCCAAGGAACUCGGUGGACUUGGUAUGAUUUCCGGGUCUCACAUCUUGAUCCCCACAAGCGACAAGCGAUGGUCCAAGCAGACUGAUACUGGUGUCACCCAUUACCGUGCCGGUAUGUCGCACGAUGAGGAGACUCUCAUUCCCAACAUCUUCCGAUACAUCAUUCCUUGGGAGUCAGAGUUCCGCGACUCUCAGCGUGUUUGGAUGGAGUAUUCGCAAAAACGUCAAGAGGCUCAACAACAAAACCGACGCUUGACACUUGAAGAUCUGGAAGACAGCUGGGACCGAGGUCUGCCUCGUAUCAAUACCCUUUUCCAGAAGGAUCGCAGCACGCUCAGCUUCGACAAGGGCUUCCGCGCCAGGACUGAGUUCAAGAUCUACCAGCACAUGAAGAGCAACCCCUUCUGGUGGACAAGCCAGCGCCACGAUGGUAAACUCUGGAAUCUCAAUGCGUACCGUUCAGAUUCCAUCCAAGCACUUGGUGGUGUGGAGACAAUUCUCGAGCACACAUUGUUCAAAGCCACAGCGUUCCCGUCCUGGGAGGGCCUUUUCUGGGAGAAGGCAUCAGGUUUCGAAGAAUCGAUGAAGUUCAAGAAACUUACCAAUGCCCAACGUUCCGGUCUCAACCAGAUUCCCAAUCGUCGCUUUACACUUUGGUGGUCACCGACCAUCAACCGAGCCAACGUCUACGUCGGUUUCCAGGUCCAGCUUGAUCUGACGGGUAUCUUCUUGCAUGGCAAGAUUCCCACACUUAAGAUCUCGCUGAUUCAGAUCUUCCGAGCCCAUUUGUGGCAGAAGAUUCACGAGUCUGUUGUCAUGGACCUGUGUCAGGUCUUCGAUCAAGAGCUGGAGGCUCUUGGUAUCGAGACUGUGCAGAAGGAGACCAUCCAUCCCCGAAAGUCGUACAAGAUGAACAGCUCUUGUGCCGAUAUUUUACUGUUUGCCAGUCACAAGUGGAGCGUCUCGCCACCUUCUAUGCUGUACGAUACGAAGGACAACAUGAGCAACACCACAACAAACAAGUUCUGGGUCGAUGUUCAAUUACGAUAUGGUGAUUACGACUCUCACGAUAUUGAGCGGUACGUUCGCGCGAAGUAUCUCGACUACACCCAGGACAGUAUGAGUAUCUAUCCGUCAGCUACCGGUCUUAUGAUUGGUAUUGACCUGGCUUACAACCUAUACUCCGCUUACGGACAGUACUUCCCUGGUCUUAAGCAGCUGGUUCAGCAGGCCAUGGCCAAGGUGAUGAAGGCCAACCCCGCGCUCUACGUCCUACGUGAGCGUAUUAGGAAAGGUCUUCAGCUGUACGCUUCUGAGAGCAGCCAAGAGUUCCUGAACUCGCAGAACUACUCUGAGCUGUUCAGCAACCAGAUUCAGCUUUUCAUCGACGACACCAAUGUCUACCGUGUCACCAUCCACAAGACCUUCGAAGGUAACCUGACGACAAAGCCUAUCAAUGGUGCUAUCUUCAUCUUCAACCCCCGAACAGGUCAACUGUUCUUGAAGAUCAUUCACACAAGUGUUUGGGCAGGCCAGAAGCGUCUCGGUCAGUUGGCGAAGUGGAAGACUGCUGAAGAAGUCGCGGCUCUUAUUCGAUCCUUGCCUGUCGAAGAACAGCCGAAGCAGCUGAUCGUUACCCGUAAGGGUCUGCUUGAUCCCCUUGAGGUACACUUGCUCGAUUUCCCUAACAUUUCGAUUCGUGCUUCGGAGCUGCAGCUCCCAUUCCAGGCCGCCAUGAAGGUUGAGAAACUUGGUGACAUGAUUCUGCGAGCCACUGGACCGCAGAUGGUACUCUUCAACCUGUACGACGAGUGGCUAAAGACGAUUUCGUCUUACACAGCUUUCUCGCGUCUGAUUCUGAUCUUGCGUGCGCUUCAUGUCAACAUGGACAAGACCAAACUGCUGUUGCGUCCCGACAAGACUGUCAUCACACAGGAGCACCACAUCUGGCCGACCCUAUCGGAUGAGGACUGGAUCAAGGUCGAAGUGCAGCUUCGCGAUCUCAUCCUGAACGACUACGGCAAGAAGAACAACGUCAACACGUCUUCGCUCACCAGCAGUGAAGUGCGUGAUAUCAUCUUGGGUAUGGAAAUCUCCGCACCCUCGAUGCAGCGUCAGCAGGCUGCCGAGAUCGACAAGCAGCAGGAGGAGCAGCAGCAACUCACUGCCGUCACCACCAAGACUCAGAACGUUCACGGAGAGGAGAUUGUUGUCACCACCACUUCCCAAUACGAGCAGGCUUCGUUCGCCUCGAAGACGGAGUGGCGCACCAGAGCAGUCGCAACGUCGAACCUGCGGACCCGUGCCAAUAACAUCUACAUCAACUCAGAGGAUGUGAAGGAGGAGGGCAACUUCACUUACGUCAUGCCGAAGAAUGUCCUCAAGCGCUUCAUCACCAUUGCAGACCUUCGUGUGCAGGUUGCUGGGUACCUGUACGGCAAGUCUCCACCGGAUAACGACCAAGUGAAGGAGAUCAGCACCAUUGUCAUGAUCCCACAGGUUGGAAACACUCGCGAUGUUCAGCUCCCCAAGCAGCUGCCUCAACACGAGUAUCUCGAUGGUCUGGAGCCUCUUGGUGUUAUCCACACGGUCAGUGGCAACGAGCCCCCGUACAUGCAGGCUAGCGAUGUCACUCAACACGCGCGCCUGAUGAAUCAGCAUGCCAGCUGGGACAAGAAGACCGUCUCGAUGACCGUGUCGUUUACGCCUGGCUCUGUAUCACUCGCAGCCUGGGCCCUCACACCCCAGGGCUACAAGUGGGGCGCCGAUAACAAGGAUACCAUGUCCGACAACCCAUCAGGCUUCAGCACCUCAUUUGGUGAGAAGUCCCAGCUCCUGCUCUCCGACAAGAUCCGCGGAUACUUCCUUGUGCCCGACAACGGCAUUUGGAAUUACAGCUUCAUGGGCAGUGCGUUCGGAGCGGUCGAGAAGAAACCUGUGCACGUCAAACUUGACACGCCGGUCAGGUUCUACGAUAGCAUCCACCGACCGAUCCAUUUCCACAACUUCGCUGAGUUGGAGGAUGUAUGGGUUGAUCGUGAGAAUCAGUUCGAGUAACGGAGAGGACUGUGUAUUUUGUAGCUUUUGAUGGCGUUUGCGAUGACUGGCGUUUCGCAUUUGGACUGCAUACAUGGAUGGGAGAUAUCAGACAAAAUGUGCAUAGUGUAAAUCAUUCAGUGUAAUUCAAUCAACGAGCUCGAG